ACAAACUCAAAAAAGACUUGCCAAACAUUCUAAAUCUAUAACCAGAUAGAUAUGGAAACUCAAGGACGCUGCAAAGGGUGCAAGAAUUACCUGAUGGUGCCGCCUGGUCGACCUUGUCCCGUCUGCUACAAAGUCAGCAAGCCCAACAAAAAAGCUAGUCAUCAUGUCAUCCCUCAAGUACUCCAUUAUGUUGAUAAAUAUGCCAAUAGAGCGUCAAGCAAUAACUACUAUAACGGCCUUUAUGGUCAGCCUUUAGGAACACCAACAUAUACUGGUUAUUCAGCUCCACCUCCACAGGCAGCAUAUGGUUAUGGCUAUUAUAGCCCACAGCCACAGGCAUUGUCAUCUCCGGCACUGUACAGCAACGGUUAUGAUCGCCCAAAACCACAGAUGUACCAACAAUCGCCACAGGUGCAUGAGAAGAAGAGGGCGGUGCUGUGUGGCGUGACCUAUAAAGGCCACAUAAAGGCACUGGAUGCAAGUAUAAAUAAUGUUAGGAGUAUGCACCGAUUAUUGGUGAAACUGGGCUUCCCAAAUGCUUCUAUCCGGAUCCUUACAGAAGAGGAAUCAGAACCCACCAGGACUCCAACCAGACGCAACAUACUAAUGGCAUUAGAGUGGCUCACCAAAGGUUGCCGAGCUGGGGAUUCAUUGGUGUUCUACUAUGCAGGCCAUGGCUCCCAUGUGCCUGAUAGCAAUGGAGAUGAAAAAGAUGGGUUUGAUGAAGCUUUAUGUCCUGUUGACUAUAGUGAAUCUGGCAAGAUACUAGAUGAUGAGAUCAAUGCAAUCAUUGUAGCACCUCUACCUCAUGGAGCAAUACUUCACAGUAUCAUGGACACUUGCUUUAGUGGAACUCUUCUUGAUUUACCUUUUCUUUGCAGGAUUGACAGGGGAGGAUUCUAUAAGUGGGAAGAUCAUCAUCCCUCAUAUGUUUCAUCAUAUGGGGGUACUAGUGGUGGAAAAGCAAUCUGCAUUAGCGCCUGUGAUGACCAUCAAAAUUCAGCAGAUACAUCGGCGUUCACAGGCAAUUCCAUCGGUGCAUUGACUUACAGCUUCAUCCAAGCUGUGCAAAGCUCACGUAAAUUAUCAUAUGGAGAUUUACUUGACAACAUGCGCAAAAGAGUUCAUGACGCUCAUCAACGACAAGGCCUGAAUGCUUCAUUUGCAUCAUCGUCAUCACAGGAGCCUCAACUAUCCUGUUCCACAAGAUUCGAGAUUUACUCUGAGGCUUUUAUGUUGUAGAGAAUAAGUUCAGUCCAUCUACCUAUCUAUAUGCAAACAGAAAAUAAAUGGAUUCCAAAUUGAUCUCAAGCUAUGCAGUCAAUGUACGGGGAACAGAAACCAUAGCCCUUUUCUAUCAGCAAAGUUGUGCAUUAAAAUGAGAUCAUUCCAAAGUUUUACGGAGGUUGAUAAGAAGAAAUAACGUUUGGUUCACAAUGUCCUCUUUCCAUCCCAUUGAAGCUUAGUAGUGUACAUCACUUUGUACUAAUGAAAGUGUUUGAGCUAGUAUACUUGAAUGUC